UUCACAACGAAAACGCGUCCAUUCGUUCCCAACUUCUGGAUACAAUUAUCUACGGUGACCAGCCUGGAGUUAUCAACACAGGGCACUUAGUCCAAAUUUGGUCUUCCCGCGGCAGACGUCAUUGGAAGAUUUUCCCAGAAACCGAACAGGUAGUGACGAAUCAACUCACGUUACGGAAUACCGCCCACUCCAUGUUAAUCACGGGAAGAGUCCUCCUCCCCAAGGCUUGAUUGACACAUGGGUUUUCAGCGCCGAGUUGUGGAUAUAAAAAGCCUCUCUCUUCUUGCCAGUGGUGUUCGUUCUUGUCUAGCUGGUAGAGCCGACGUUAUUGUCAGUCUAGCACCGCCGUGUGCACUUAUCCUCGAGGUUGUCGCGAACUUAUCUGGGAUUUUAUCGGAGCGAACUCGAAGCUGCGCCCGUCCGACCAGGGAACUUUGACAAGUGCGAGGGAAGCAGCAAGUAGAAAGGACGGCGUCAACAAUGUGGAGAGAGAGAGUUGUGAGAUUAGCGCUGUGCGUGCUGUACGUGUUAGCUGUAACCGAGCUGGUGAUCGCACAGGAGAAAGUGCGGGUAAAAAGAGCGAUGUUUGACCUGUUUGAAUCGACGAGUCUUGGGGCGAGCACACAGGGAGUGAAGAAAGUGCGGGGGCUCGAUCAGUAUUCACCGGCCUACAAGUUCCACAACCGGCCCGACGUCGACUUGCCGGCCAGCCCCGAGGCCCAGGCCAGCAUCGUCGACGCGAUGAUGUCGAAUCACGGCUUUGUGUUCGUCGCGGCCCUUCGGCAGGACCGGCGGAACCGUGGCACGCUCGUGUCGGUCGACUCGCCCGACGGCAGGACCAGAUACUUCGGCAUCCAGAGUGACGGCCAGACGCCCUCGGUGGACGUGGUGUACAUGCACGAGGGCAAGGAAGUGGCGGCCUCGUUCGACGGCGUCAACUUCGCCACCCGGGAUUGGCGCAACCUGACCUUGGUGGUGCAGGGGGACCUGAUCGCGCUCUUCGACGGAUGUACCAAGGUGGGCGAGCAGGGCCUGAUGGGGAACAUCUUCCAGACCGUCCUCCAGCCCGGACAGAGCGAGCUCCGCCUGGGGAAGGGUCUACCGGCCCGGGAGGCCUUCGAAGACUACAGGGGUGUGAUGCAGAGUGUGAAGUUCAUCUUUGGAAUCCCGGUGUCCAACAUUCUCCACCUGCAGGGCUGCGCACCGGACACAGGUUCAGAAUACAACACAGGUAACAUCACCCAGACCGCAGCUGCCAAGAGCAGCGUCCUGACCAGGAAGUUCAAGCUCAUCCCCCAGCCCACCGACGAGUGCGAAGUCUCCUGCGAAGACCUGGACGACUUGAAGAAACAGAUCAAGGAUCUUAGAAUUCACCUCAACAACGUGGAGGAUGGACUACAGAAGAUGUGGGAAGAGAACAACAUCUUGAGGAAGCAGAUCGGCGCUCCUCCACAUGGAGGCUGCUGGGCGGAAGGCCGUUUCUAUGACAACCAUGCGGACUGGGUGGAGAACCGCUGUACCAAGUGUCACUGUCAGGAUUCCAGAACUACAUGUCAGAAGAUCGAGUGCCCGGCAGUCCAAUGUCUCAACCCAGUUUUCGACAGCGAGUCUGACUGUUGCCCCUACUGUCCCCUCAGUGGGGACGACGCGGAGGUCGGAUGGAGUCAGUGGUCCGACUGGACGCCGUGCAGCGCCACUUGCGGACCCGGCACACAGCAGCGAGGCCGAUCGUGCGACCGUGUCAACUACCCCUGCGACGGUCCCAGCGUAGAGACCAAAGUGUGCCUACAGGACGACUGCGACAACAGAAUCCCCCAGAAUGGAGGCUGGAGUUUGUGGACGCCGUGGACAUGCUCUGUGACCUGUGGCGAGGGCAUCACCACCCGCAUCCGGACCUGCAAUGCACCCACUCCGCAGCUAGGUGGCGAGAACUGUCUUGGAGACGGACGAGAGAACAACAUUUGCGAGAGGGAGGCAUGCCCUGUUCACGGCCAGUGGGGUCAGUGGUCGCUCUGGGGCCCGUGUUCGCGUACCUGUGACGGAGGCACCAGGGUCCGACAGCGCCUGUGUGACAGUCCCGCGCCGGCGUACGGAGGAGACAAGUGCCAGGGCCAGCCCGCCGACGUGGACCACUGCAACACCGAGCCUUGCCCCAUUGAUGGAUGCUUGUCCAACCCCUGCUUCGCCGGAGUGGAAUGUUCCAGUACGAAGGACGGGAAGUACACGUGCGGUCCCUGUCCCGCCGGCUUCGAGGGUGACGGAGAGUCUUGCACUGACAUUGAUGAGUGUGCUCUGGUUCCUGACACCUGCUAUGUCCACAACGGAGUGUCCCUGUGUAAGAACCUGGGCCCGGGUUACCGGUGCCAGAGGUGUCCUCCAGGCUACACUGGCAACCAGCCCGGCGGAGUUGGUAUCUUCAUGGCAGAAAGCAACAAACAGACAUGCCUGCCCGCCAACCCCUGCAGGGACGGAACUGACCAGUGCCACUUCAACGCUGAGUGCAAGUUCCUCGGUCCGUUCAUUGACCCACUGUACGAGUGCCAGUGUAAGGUUGGAUAUGCUGGGAAUGGCAUCCACUGUGGCGAGGAUAUUGACUUGGAUGGUUAUCCUGACGAAGACCUGCCCUGUCUGAUCGGCAACACAACCCACUGCAAAAAGGACAACUGCCCAUUCCUACCUAACAGUGGACAGGAGGACUUUGACAAGGAUGGCCAGGGUGAUGCCUGCGAUAGAGAUGAUGAUAACGAUGGCAUUCCUGACAAUCGGGACAACUGCCCGAUGGCGUUCAAUGCCAGACAGGACGACUACGACCGCGAUGGAUGGGGCGACCUGUGUGACAACUGCCCGUACGACCAGAACUUCUACCAGAAGGACACAGAUGGCAACGGAGAGGGAGACGCCUGCUCUGUAGACAUAGAUGGUGAUGGACUGCGGAAUGAAGUUGACAACUGCCCGCUGCAUUUCAACCUCAGACAGGAGGAUAUUGACGGUGAUGGAGUCGGGGACGCGUGCGACAACUGCAUAGUCAUCGCCAACCCCAAACAAGAGGACUCCGACUCGGAUCUGUUUGGCGAUGCUUGCGACAACGACAUUGACGUGGACGAUGACGGUCUGGAGAAUAUCCGGGACAACUGCCCGAGUAUCCCCAACAGUAAUCAGGUCAACCACGACGGUGACGAAUUUGGCGAUGCCUGUGAUGAUGAUGAUGACAACGACGGCAUUUUGGAUAAGGAUGACAACUGCAGACUCCGCGCAAACCCAGACCAAAUAGACAGCAACGGUGACGGACGUGGAGACGUCUGCCAGGAAGACUUUGACGGUGACGGUGUCAAGGACAAGGAUGAUGUGUGCCCAGAGAACGCCCAGAUCUCCAGGGUAGACUUCCGUGACUUCCAGAUGGUCGCACUGGAUCCAAAGGGAACAUCGCAGAUCGACCCCAACUGGGUCAUCAGGAACCAAGGGAAGGAGCUGGUGCAGACAGUCAACAGUGAUCCGGGCAUGGCCAUAGGAGUUGACAGGUUCAACGAAGUGGACUUUGACGGCACCUUCUACGUGAACACACAAAAGGACGACGACUACGCGGGCUUCGUGUUCGGCUACCAGUCCAGCCAUCGCUUCUACGUGGUGAUGUGGAAACAGGUCCACCAGACGUACUGGCUCUCCAAACCUUCCAUGGCCCACGGCUCAGCAGGAGUCCAAGUCAAGGUGGUAAACUCGGAGACAGGACCAGGAGAGGCCCUGAGGAAUGCCCUGUGGCACACUGGAGACACUCCCGGACAGGUGAGACUGCUCUGGCACGACAAGAACACCAUUGGAUGGAAAGACAUGACUGCCUACAGAUGGAAGCUGAAGCAUAAACCAGACUCUGGACUAAUAAGGGUGACGUUCUAUGAAGGUAGUAAAGUUAUGGCCGACUCUGGGGAUCUAUUCGACACAACAUUAAAGGGAGGUCGCCUAGGACUCUUCGUCUUUUCACAAGAGAUGGUCUUCUUCUCCGAUCUGAAGUACAAAUGUGGUCAGCAAGAGGCCUUGAAUUGAUGACGGUUGAGAGGAGGAAACCCAUCAGGUGCUGGGCAGCUGCUGACCGACCUUCUGAAUGACCACACCCCGCCACCUGGUGCCUUGUCCACCCAACACUACAACAAGACUUCCACUGUUUUCUUAUCCCCCACAUAAUAUCGUUAAGUACGUAAGAUUCUUGUCAGACCUUCCCCCCUCCCUCUGUUUUUUGUCAUUUGUUCUUCCAACUUCGGACUAUCUUUCUGCAUUGUAUUAUUUAUUUGAAGAACUAUAUUAUUGUGUAAAGAAAGCUAUUGGUAUUUUAUUUGAAAGCCUUUUAAGAGCCAGUAUACUUUUAUUUACUUUUUAUAAUGUUCUUUUGAUGUAACCAGAGGUGUAGAUAGCAGAUAGGAACCUAUGACAGACUCCUCAAAGAGCUAACAGUAAAAGAUAUACAUCGUGUAUGAAAAUUCUCUUCUAAUGUUUUAUCUGAAAUGGUUGAUCUGUUCAGCUUUAAGUUCUGGCUUGGAAAGUCAUUGCUUUUGAACCAAAGUGCUGUUGACAAAAUUCAUCUAGUUGCUGCCACAGAAAAUAAGGAAAGUACAUGUACUGUGUGUACCCUUUUUAAUUUUAUCUCAAAAAGCCAAUGAUGAGUAUUUGAAGUGUAUUAGAAGAGAAUUCUCAGACUUUAAAUUCAAGGAGGAAAUUGGUAAGAAUAGUUGCAUAGUUAAUCACAGCAGUUUCUAUCAUAACAGAGCCAGUCAUAUAAAUAUAUAAACGACAAUGAGGAAAUGCUAUUUCAAUCGUAACAGGGGUGAAGCAUUAGUAGUUUGAGGUAGGUCUUAAUAACGAUUUGCUUUCCAAGACAACUUUUCCAAGUUGCAAAUUGGGAAAGGAAUGAGGGCUACUUAGCCAUAGAUUAAAACUUAACAUUUUUCCCGGUGUUGGAGACACAACUCUGGAAAAAAUGCCCAAAUGUCAAUCAUGUAUGUAAUAAUGGAUAGCGGCAAGCAAUGUGUAAAUAUACUGUUGACAUCCGUGUCAGGAUAGGACUCACUUAUGCAACAAGCUGGUAUUUUUGCUGCCCCUGAUACAUUCCAUAGUCUGAAAGUCAGCAAGGCAUUUAAAAGCUGGGAGUCUUUUUUUUUUACCUUCAUGGAAAAAAAUGCUUGUGAUGUUGACGAGUGUUUGCAACUUGAGAUGACAGGGUACUACUAUUUAUGUCCUAGCCAUAGGUCGUAUUGUGAUGUUUUGUAUUUAUUGAACAGCAGUAUGAGAUUGCUACUACUGCUUUGUAAAAGCAGCAAUAGAAGAUGCAUUCAAAUAGUUUUAAUAUGUACAGAUUUACCCAUUCUGCUUUACCUGUUAGAGAUAUAGCAUCGAACAAAGGUGUAAUAAAGGUAAGAUGAUGUCUUUUUGUAUGGAAAAUGACUGAGUAUGUAAAGAUGGAUAUUCCCUGAACUAUUUGUAUAUUUAAUUCUGAUUGAAAGACUUUCAACCUCAAGCUGAAUGGGCCAUUUGUAGAUAUUUAUUUUUGGACGUUGUCUGUGAUUUUGUAAUAUUAUGGUUACAAGUUGAGUGUCAGCACUUAAAACUGUCUGUGCUAGUGUCUAAUCCUAAUAAACUAAAGUUACUGCUGAA